ACUGAAAUGAAGUCUCGAGUAAUAUCAUUGGCAGUCCGCGAAACUCGAAGAAACAAGAAGAAAAAAAGGGUACGACAGUUUUGGGGUCUAGUUGGGCCUGAGAAAAGUCCCAACACAGAAAGAAAGAAAUAGGCCUGUUCAUUCAGGCUGCUAAAAGAAUGGGCCACUGGGACCAGUAGGGAUUGGAAGGCCUCGUCUGUGGAGAUUUGGGAAGAAAACAAAAGCCCGCAUCGGGACGGUAGGAAAAGAAACGAGCCGGAGACCGGAGUACGGCAACCGCGUGGACUCGGUGGGUCAGUCUCAGUCAACUUAAAGCCUUAAUCAUCUCACACCUACGGUACCGGAAAUAUAAGUGGUAGGAUAUUUUAUGUUAAAAUCGUGGUUUAAUUUCUGUUCAACUGUUGCAUGCGGCUAAAUACAACCACUACAGUUUCGCUUUCGGCAAAAGUUUUUCUUGAUUGAACCGCCGCUACGAUAAGUGUUUUUCACUCCUUUCCUAGCCAGGUCCAACUUCCAAACACACAGGGGCGGAGAUACAUUGUAGCUAGGGUGGGCCCCGACCCCUAGGUUCUUAAGGAUAUUUAGUACAAAUUUUAUAAGUAGAAUCUUAUUAUGUAAAUUCUUUCAUGAAAUAAUUAUGUGGUCUAAUGGUAGCCAAACUUAACUUGUGUCUUAAAGUACACAUGAGUUCAAUUCACAUUGACAUUAGUUACAUAAUUUUUUUAAAUUAUUUUUGGCCCCCCGAUCUCGAAAUCCUGACUCCGCCCUGCAAACACAUACUUAUUAUCAUCAAUCAAAACCUCGGGAAACCUGUUUUAGCCAUUAGCUAGGUGCUAGUCAAACAAAAGGGAACGUGGAGAAAAAUCUCAUGAACCGAUCAAUAAACUCAAUACUUGCAUCCUACUGCUAAUCGACAAAUUCUACGAGCUGGACUAACCAGUAAUCACCGGUCUAUACAACGUGUAGCUAUACAAUCGAUAACAAAUCAAAUAUGAAAUUACACUAGUUCGUUUUGCUAAAUGUAGAUAAACUCUAGUAUAUGAAACAUGAAGUGAUCGAGUACUUAUUUAUGUCUUGCUCAUGGCACAAAGAAUCAUUGUGAGGGUAAAAAAAAAAAGCCAUAUUUGUUAAAAUAUUGACGAUGAUGUCCGAUUUGAUAGCUGUUAUAAAGUUCAAUGACCAUUGUGUAACUCACCCUAAAGUUCAAGAAAUAGAGGCCCUUUUCUUCAUUCCGCUGGCUUCAACGGCUAGUUCUUGUUUUCGUAUUAUUCCCACCUUUUCACAUCGCAGAAAAGGAUCCAAAAAUGGCCGGUCGACAAAAACCUCCGUCAGCUUUACAGCUUGGCCCCCCACUCCCUUCCCCCGCUCCUCCUUCAUCAAUCGCAGGAAUAUAAAACCCCCAACCAUGGACGACAGAAACAGAGAGAGGCGCCAGAGCAAGGCUACUGGAGAAACAGAGGAGCCAGCUUAUAUUCAAUGGCCAGAGAGAGGCUACGCAUCCUUCUCCGAGAACUGUCGCAUCGCGUUCGAACAUCGAUCCUCAUGGGGAAGAUCCGCCGGAUGAGCAAGACCGCCAGAGGUAAGAUGAAGCUGCGGAUGCUGCUGCUGAUGCUGAAGCAGAGCAAUAACAACAAUUGGGAUUCCAAUUAUUACAUUAAUAAUCGCCGGCGGCGUGGACAUGGGUUUGCGGCGGAACUACAGUACGAGGAGUUCUCUGCUUCUUCUACUCCCCUCAUCGUUUAUCGAGCGGGCCACGGCGGUCGGUUUCGGAGCAAUUAUCUCCACUCUUUGCUCUUGCUCUGCCGUCCCGCGUGUUUGGGAGGGUUGGACAACAAGGGAAGAAGAGGCGCCAACGUCAGGCUGUCGAUUGGAAGUAGUAAUUCGAAGUUGCCGGACGACGACGCCGUGUGGUGGGCGGAGCAGGAGUGUGAUGCUUUUCAUUCUGGGGUGAUGGUGGAAUGGAAGGGAGGGGAUGAAGUGGUGGCGGCGGCGGCCAUGGAGGAGGAGGAGGAGGAAGAGGUCGAUUCGGUGGACGAGAAGGCUGAGAGGUUUAUCGAGCGAUUUUAUCAGGAGAUGAGAUUGCAGAGACGCCAAUCCCUUUAGUUCUUUUAUUUAAAGCUCCAUUGCCGAAGUGAAAUCUGUUCGGUUUGUUCAUUGGGUUUGAAGUUCUCAUUUCUUCUUGUCGGUCUUACUUCAGUUUUCAUUUUUGUGUGUUGUAUUCUUUAAUUCUUUUCCAUCUCCGCAAGAGUUUUUGAAUGUUGUGGAGAUCCGAUCCAGCUUUGCCAAUUCCUGGUAUUUGGUGGGAAUGAAUGUUUCGAGUUUGUUGGAAAUUUGGUUGAACCGGAUUAAUCAAGUCAAACCGGUUUUGAGUUGGACCGACCAAUCGGUUUGGAAUUAGACCGACCGAACCGAUAUUCUAAUUCCGUGAAGGGACACAUUCCUUUGGCCUAGUGGCGGUUGCAUUAUUUUACGGAUAAUGAUAACCUUAAGGAUAAAGGCAACCCUUCAUAUGGAUAAGGACAACCUUUCAUAUGGAUAAAGACAACCUUUCGUAUGGAUAAAGACAACCUUUCAUGAAACAAUGCAUGGAUUCGGCCCCUAUAAAUAGGUGUGUAGGGUGCAUGAUGUCACAUACCAUCAAACAUAUUCUUCUUCUUUCUUCCAAAAAUUUCUAAGUAUGCUUUAGCGUUCUUGAGACUGGAACUUAAAGUGGUGAUAGUUUUAUCCUCGGGAGAAAUUUCCUGUAACCCUAGGCUUGUUGAGGGUGGAAAUAUUCUUUUCGGAAAGUGAACGUUGUUCACGACUCUAUCACUAUCCUGGUCACCCGGUCUCGGGCUAUCGUACGUAUACCCUCGUCCCUAAAAGUCCCAACAAUCGAAAAGAAUAUUUUUCCGGUACGAUGGCUCGAACCGCUCUUUACAAGAAACUGGUUACGGUGUAUGGAAUUAUGAGAAUUUUCGAUGAUGGGUAUUUCAUUGAUGAUAGUAGAAGAUGGGUUUUCUUCAUACUAGUCUCAUGGUGUAUUCCAUAUUCGGAAGGUAACUUGGAAGAGGGAUGAUUCGAAGAUGAGGAAGAAGGAGAAUGAUUCGUAAAAUGGAGAAAUAGACGAAUGCAAAUUGUCUUUGGGUAGGUCACAUACUCAAUGGUUAAUUAGUCUAAUUCUCUAUUCGACAUUUACGAAGUUCUAGAUAAACUUGGAUUUGUCUAGUGGUUUGGUGGUGUGAUUUUGUCUAGUGGUUUAUGUUAUUUUAAACCAAGGAGACAAAAUGUGUACACAAUUUAUGAUGAUUCUGGUAAUGAAGUCAUCCUACAUUUGUAUGUAUAAGACAUGCUUAUCUUUGGAGCCAAUAAAAAAUAAGUGAACUUUGAUAAAAAUUUGUUAUUUCAAUUCUCCAUGUAGGACAUGGGGGAGGAAAAUGUAAUUCUGUGUAUUGAAUCAAGCGGAACGACAAGAAAGAGUCAUUCUCUCAAUUUUUCUGCAUGAGAAGGUACUUGCAUAAAUUCCAUGUCAAAUUGGGGGCUCAAUGUAUCCAUGACUUACAUGAUGCUAGAUAUCGCAUAUGCGAUAGAACAAUUAAGUUGGUACGUGAUGAAUCCUAGUUCUCAUAAUUUGAAAUGAAAUGAGGCGUGUACUAGGAUAUGUCAAAGGCAGACUGUAUUGACUUAUAGUGGCUUUCCAUCAAUUUUGGAAAGGAUUUGUUGAUGUUAGUUGGAUUUCUCAUGUUAAAGGCGAUACUUCAACAUUGAGAUGAGUCCUCUUGCUUGGGAGAGGUGCCAUAAUUUGGGCCUCUAGAAAGCAAACUAGCAUCACUAAGUUUCACUAUGGAAUCAAAGUUUGUGUGGCCUUGAUUUCUCUUAGAGAAGAGACAUAAUUGUUGAGAGGUUUGUUUUAUGACAUAUAUUUAUGGCCUAAAUCAAUCUCACCUAUUACUAUCUUUUGUGAUAGUAAUGCUAAUUUGGCUAAGGCAUAUAGUCAAGUGAAAAUGAUAAGUACGGUCAUGUGGGAGUAUGGCACGGUAAAAGCUGUGAACUGAUCAUUCAUAGUGUUGUGUCUAGACAGUAUGACCAAACUCGAAUUAAUUUGGUUGAUCAUU